AUGGAUCCACAGAGAAAAGUCACUGCUGGGCCUAUGGCACCGUCUAGUUUAAAAACAGCACGUAAAAGCUUUGCUGUAACCAAGACAUAUGUGAAAGAUAUGAGCCCUCAAAAGGAAAUUAUAACCGUUCACACAAGCACACCUAACAUAGAACAUCGAUCGUUUCACAGUGAACAAAAUCAAAUUUAUCAAGGAGAGGUGAAUGUGCUGUCUAUAAUAGAUACAAAUAAAGAAAUAAUGUGUUGUAAAUAUACUGAGGACGUUAAAGACAUUGCUGCUGGUUUUAUCGACGGCACUAUCAGGCUGUUCGAUUGUAACAACGGAGACUGUAAACAUAUCCUUGUGGAUGAUGAGUGUAGAGCUUACCCCGGUCCGGUGACUUCUAUAAAACACAGGCCAGUUAGCAAAGCCCAUCCUAUCACAAAUAUGCUUCUGUCAUCUUAUGUUAACGGAUGUAUAAAAUGUUGGAAAUAUAAAUAUGAACAAUGUUUAUACACAAUAAGAGAGAAGCGACAGACAUUAGGAUUGUGUUAUCAUCCACGUUACAGCAAAUUCGUAACAUAUGGAGAUGACGCUAAGCUAAAUAUGUACGACGAGGAAGCACAGACGCAAGAGAGGGCAUUCUAUUCAAGUCAGCGAAAAAAUAUAAGAGAUGGUCAUACUUCAAGGAUAUUUUCAUGUGUUUUUAAUCCUAAAUCGCACCACGAACUUAUAUCUGGUGGCUGGGAUGACACGAUCAUGUGCUGGGACGACAGGCAACCUUAUUCAACGAGGUAUUUCUCCGGAGUACACAUGUGA